AUGCAGUCUUCAAAGAUCAGGCUGAUUGUUCCACGUGGCCUCAAGAGCCUGCUUGAGGGAGUGAGCUGGGCUAUCAUGGAAAACAACCCAGAUGACAUUGCUGAGUUUUUUGCUAUUUCCAUGAGCUCGUCACCUUUCAAAAAAGUUUGGCAUCCAAACCUGGAUAUAACAGAACUGGUUGAAAAGUUUGAGUUCGUUAGCGAAAAUGGGAAUGAGGGAUGGGAAGAGAAGAGGACAGAGUACACAGAGACUUUGUUUUCUGGGGAGCCCAAGCAAAAGGAUAAGUGUACUGACACAGAGGAAGACCAGCUCCUUGAAGAACCUGAUGUUCAAUAUAGCUCCAAAGGACCUGAACCGGUCUAUGUCCCUGCUGAGCCUGCACGGCUUGCUGCCCAUGUGCUAGCCAUGGCAUCAAGUGAAGCAGGACAGCCACCACCAAGUUCCAAUGUGUGGACCCUCUAUUGCCUAACUGACUUGAGACAAGGUCAAAAAUCACCACCAUCCUUUCCUCCUGCUGGGGCCAGUGUUCCUUAUUCCCAGGCAACCCUCAGCCUUUCCAGAGGGGAAGAUCAACAGUGUGGUCAGCUGUCACAAGUAUCUGCUCCAAUUUAUGUGAUGCAAGAGGACAGAAAGAGGGGAAAUGCUCCACCUUUCAUUUUAGUGGGCUCUAACAUUCAGAAUGCACAGGACUGGAAACCUCUUCCUGGCCCCACUGUCUUUGCACAGCAAGGGGCAGGUGCUAGGAGAAGACUCACUACUGUCCCAGUCGCCAGGUCAGCUGAUGAGGAAACAGAUAUGGCAAGCCCCAAUUUUCAUUCUGCAGAGGAAACUGGGGCUAUGCCACGCACAGCCCCUGUUUUCUCAGUUGCCAUCCCUCUGGAUGACAUGAUGUCUGCAAAGAAAGGCUCACCAGCUGGUGAUAAGCAUACAGGUAUAAAUGCUCUUGCAGAAAGUUAUGGUAUUGCAGGACAGAUUCCCAUUACAGCAGGCCCCAUGCCCAGAGCAGGGCCAUGA